ACCGAUUACGUUAUUAUACGUUCCCCGCCGUCGUACGCAUUGUGUUUCGACGUUCCAUUGUGAGUACUGAGCUUGUAACUCGGUAUUAUUCGCCCACAGCACCGACGCUCGUGUACCCGUCAACAGGAUUUUCAUUUCUCUGGACCGUUUUGAGCUCCAGUCUCCAUUUUGAGUCUUCGUAAUACCCAUCAUUCGUCCGCACGCCGAAAUCAUGUUCAAACUCUCGCUGCUCUGUGUGGCAGCCGUUCUCGCUGUGGCCAGCCAAGAGACACAAGGAAAAAUGACCUGUAAACUGCCACAGGUCCAAAUUCCAGACGAUUGGAUCACCAUGGUUGACCCAUGUACGAAAAAAAUGAAAGAGCAGGUCCAGGAAGAACUAACUGCAGCAAUGACAUAUUUUGCAAUGGGAGCACAUUUUUCGAAGGACACAGUGAAUCGUCCAGGAUUUGCAAAAAUAUUCUUUGAUAGUGCCAGCGAAGAACGUGACCAUGCCAUUAAAAUUAUUGGAUAUUUGUUGAUGAGAGGAGGUUUGACCAAAGACAUCAGUCAAUUAAUCCGUGACCCUCAACCUUUGUCUGAAGCAUGGACUGAUGGUUUAAGUGCAUUGAAGGAUGCUUUAAAAUUGGAAGCUCAUGUCACUCGUAAGAUAAGAGAUAUUGCCACCACAUGUGAGGAACCUGGACGUGAUGGACAAGAUUUCAACGACUAUCAUUUAGUUGAUUGGUUAACUGGUGAUUUCUUGACUGAACAAUAUGAAGGUCAGCGUGACUUAGCUGGUAAAAUAUCCAAUCUUGGUAAGAUGUUGGAAGCACAUGGAGCUCUUGGUGAGUUCCUCUUUGACAAGAAACUUUUGAAUGGAGUUUCAAUUUAAUUUAUAUUUUUAUGAACAAAAUAAUGAACUACCCUUAAUUAUGAACAUUACCCAAACAUUUUUUUUUUUUAUGUAAUUGUGUAAAAUGAUUACUUUUCAUAGAUAAACUUAUUCGUAAAAUUAACCAACUAUGGUAUUUUAGCAUAGUAAAUGGUAAAAUACAAUUUUAUUAUAUUUUUCACAAACAUAAUUUAAUAAUAAACAUAUAUUUAUUACUACAUUGUAUUACAUUAUUUUCUUUUUUUAAUAUUAUUUAAUUAGUGUAAAAUUAAAUUAUUAUUUAAAAUGUUGGCCAUAAUAUCUACUUUUAAUCCGAUUAUACAUAUGAUAUUACUUUAUUUGUAACUUUGUAAGUAAUUAUUGCACUCUGAAACUUGAAAUCAAACACAAUAAAUCAAAUUUAUAUCUUUUAUUACAUUGUAUUUGUUUACAGCAGUGCUUGAAUUGGAAAAUUUUUUAAAGGGGGGGGGGGGGAGAGGAUGCAUGUGUUUUUUAAAAAAAAAAUGCGUACCUGAGUAUUUAAGUAUCUAAUUGAUUAUAGGAUAUAAUUAGAAGGGAUACCAGUGGCACCGAAUUAAAUAAAAACUGGCAGAUCAAAUAGUUUGAUUGACCCACCCACCCCUUUAAACGACUGAGAAACGGGAUUAACUAAUUAUGUAUGAAUAAUUUAAUGACAUUCCUGUGUUUCAUAAAAUAAUAGCAGAAAGACUGGGAAACUAGGAAGUAUAUAUUCUAUUAUUUUCCCACCCUCCAACCAUCCACCCGAUUUUUAAGGCAGUUCAAUUGAACUACCUAAGUACAUGUUCGGCUCCACUGAGAGGUACGCGUAUAUAUUUUAUAAAGUAGAGGUCUCUGUUCACUCUCAAUUCAAGCACUCGUUCACAAAGACGCAUUAAAAAAAAAUUUCUCAAAAACACCAUCUCUUCCUUGUAUUCCUUCCUUGUCCAAGUAUAAACCCAUUUCGGUUUUUUAUUUGAGUUGAUACCAUUUCCAAAAAAUACUCCGUAUCAGUCUUAACUGUGUCACUUGUUAACAAAUUAUUAUUACUCAUAGUAAUAUUUAACUUAAUUUUAUUAUUACAUUUAAUAAAAAUACGAAAUUUUAGGAAUUUAUUUAUAAACUAAAUUUUGUACAAUUUAUUUUUUGUAUCGUUCUUUAAUAAUAAUAGUCAUCAAGUAUCAAUAUAGGUGUAUUGUGCAAUUAAACUACUUGUGAUGUAUGAACUUUUUAUUUUAAAAUAUAUUACUUAUUUAUUAUA